CAAAAACAGAAAUGCAUUCUAAAAUUUCAGAUGAUCUUCGAAGACGUUUAGUAAACGAUUAUCAACCGGCUCAAAAACUCAAUGAGCUUUCUUAUAUCUGUUGAAUAUUUGAGGGCUCCGUGAAGAUCGGAGUAAAUGAUCCUAAAACGGAUUUGUUUAUGUUGUGAUUGUUCUUUUGUGGUUUGUGGGAUAAAAAAUGUCUUGGGUCCUGAUAUGUGGAAUAAUGGUCAUCUUUCUCCACCCAUCUGCUGGAUACUAUCACGGUAACGGAGACAUUCAGAAUGAGUACGUGAGAACAGGAAACAAUGCCACACUUUAUUGCCAGCCUGCUUCGGAAAUGGAUAAAAUUAAUCGUCUCAUCUGGUAUAAAGAAGAUAAAAAGAUAGCAGAAAUAGUAAAUGGUAGAAGGACGUUUUGGGAUGCUGGUAGCCAUCUAAAUCUCCAGUCUCACAAUAAUGCCCUUUAUUUUCGGAGAGUCACUUACAAGGACAGUGGCGAGUAUUAUUGUGAAGUGAAUUCGAAAAGGAGUAGACAAUCUCUUGCUCGAUUGCUUGUCCAAGAUAUACCUGAGCCUGCUGGCAUGCCUUUAAUUAUGGGUUUCACAUCUCGUUCUGUUAAUUUAUCAUGGGCGCCAAGUACCAAUAAUCAUAAUAGUCCAAUAUUACAUUACAUCAUUCAUGUUAGAGUUGGUGAAAUGGGUGAAUGGGAAAGUGCUAUGGGUGUUAUGACUCCUGAUAAUAAAACUGCUUACCAUGUCAUAGGCUUGCAGCCAUACACUGUUUAUUCAUUUCGAGUCAUUGCAGUAAAUGCAAUUGGUGCAAGUGAACCGAGCAAAGAAUCAUAUUAUAUGGUUACUCUGAGAGAAGUUCCUGAUGGUAAACCAACAAUAACUGGAGCUUUUAACACAAGUAGCACAUCCAUACGUCUUGAAUGGACUCCACCUCCUGAAAGAACUAUUCAUGGUGAAUUUUUGGGAUACAGAAUAACUUACAGGCCUCGAGAUCGUCCAGAAGAAGAAAGAGAAAUUAUUCUCAGGGAUCCAAAUUUAAGACAAUACACCAUACGGAAUUUAGAUAUUUUCACUCAAUAUCUAAUAUCAGUUCAAGUUUUUAACCCUGCUGGCCAUGGCCCUGCUGCAACUGUUGCUGUUAUGACAGAUGAAGGAACUCCAUCAAAAACUCUGAACUUAUCAAUAGAAAAGGUUGGAGACAGCUCUGUGAGACUGAGUUGGCAGGAGCCAGAAUUUCCAAAUGGCAUUAUACAAGGGUAUAGAGUUUAUUUUCAACACACCGCUCUAAAUCAUACAGAAAUGCGUCGAACUCAAAAUCCACAGCCUAUUAUGGAUUUCUUACUUCAAAAUUUAAAACCUUUUAGCCAUUAUAAAAUAUGGGUGAAUGCAUAUACUGGUAAACAUGAAGGAGAAUCUAGUAAGGUUCUGGAAUUUCAUACUGAUGUUCAAGGACCCAGUGCACCCAUUAUUUUGAAUUUAACAUGUCAAGCUCUUGACAGCAUAUUUGUGCAGUGGGAACGUCCUCAAGUUUUUUUCAACCGCAUAGACUACUAUUUUGUUCAUUACCGUUCUGAAAAUAAUUGGGAUUUUGAAGAAAUUGCCAUGGCUUCACCUCAGGAAAGAGCUAUUGAUCAUGGAAUGUUUAUACCAAAUUUAACUGCCAAUACUAUGUAUGAAGUAAAAGUCCGUGGGGCAACACGUAGUGUAAUAGAACAUUCUAAACUUUUUAAAGGACAAUUUUCUGAGCCUAGAAAAGUACUUCUUCAAAAUAAAUGCCCAACUUUUAAUGGUGUUCCAUAUGGGGAUGCUUCUGUAAGUGCUGGAGUUAUUGCUGGAGUUAUGUGUGCCUCUUUUGCUUUAAUUUUAUCAAUAGUUUCUUUUAUAUUAUGGAGAAAAUACUUUCAAGCUGCCUAUUAUUAUCUUGAUGAUCCUCUAGGUAACAGAGCUUCUCCACAGUUGUCUGAAACUUUUGAUGAUUCAGAAUAUACUGCUAUUCCUGUGCCCCUUUGGCCAAAGCACGUUGCAGAACUGCAUGCUGAUGGUGAUAUAGGGUUUUCUAGAGAAUAUGAAGCUAUACAACAAGCAACAGAUGUCGAUCUUUGUUCAGAACAUUCUCAAAUGAUUGAAAAUAAGAACAAAAAUCGAUAUGUGAACAUAGUUGCAUAUGAUCAUUCUAGAGUAAUUUUGAAGCAGUCUGCUGGACAACGAAAAAUGCAUGAUUAUAUCAAUGCCAAUUAUAUUGAUGGUUACAACAAACCUGCAGCUUAUAUUGGUACACAAGGACCUUUGCCUUCUACAUUUGAUGACUAUUGGCGUAUGAUUUGGGAGCAAAGAGUUCAUAUAAUUGUCAUGAUAACAAAUUUAGUUGAAAGAGGCAGAAAAUUUAUGUGUGAAAGAAAUGUUUACCAAUAUCAUUAUACUAAUUGGCCUGAUCAUGGUGUACCCGACCAUGCUCUUCCUGUCUUAAAUUUUGUCCGGAAAUCAUCAAGUGCUAAUCCUAAUAAUGCUGGUCCAAUUAUUGUCCAUUGCAGUGCUGGUGUUGGUAGAACUGGAACUUAUAUUGUGCUAGAUGCCAUGCUUCAACAAAUACAGCAUAGACAAAGUAUAAAUGUCUGUGGCUUUCUUAAACAUAUACGGCAGCAGAGAAACUACUUAGUUCAAACAGAGGAACAAUACAUAUUUAUACAUGAUGCUCUUCUGGAAGCUCUUGAGAGUGGUGAAACUGAAGUUCCAUUGCAUCAAUAUGGCUCAUAUUUAUGUAAUCUUAAUAGCCCAGUUAAUGAAAAUAGUGAUAAAAGUCAAACACAAUUAGAAAAACAAUUUAAGCUGGCCACAUCAUUUAAAGCUAAAGAUUUUAAUGUAGUAUCAGCUCUAAAGCCUUGCAAUAAGGGCAAGAACCGCUCACUUAAUCUUAUUCCUCUUGAAUCAUACAGAGUUCAUAUUACUCCUAAACCAGGGACUGACGGAUCUGAUUACAUUAAUGCCACAUUUCUUCCAGGAUUCAAUAAACUUCGAGAAUUCAUCAUCACUCAGCACCCAUUAACUGUUACUAUUCCUGACUUUUGGCAGAUGGUUUUUGAUCACAAUUCGCAAACUGUUGUGGUGUUAUCAUCUGUUGAUGAUAAAGAAUUUCCUUGUUUUUGGCCAAAGAAAGGAGAAGAGGCUGAUCAUGGUGGUUUCAAAGUGAAAAUGGUUGAAGAAUCUUGCCAAGAGUCAUUUGUCACAAGAGAUUUUAUAAUACAAGCCACACAAGAUGAAUAUGAACUGGUCUGUCGUAUUUUCCAAUGUCCUGGUUGGCCUGAGUGUUGCACCCCACCAAAUAAUGUUUUUGACUUGGUUCUUUUGGUUCAAAAAUGGCACUUAGAAAAUAACUAUGGCCCUAUAAUUGUUGUUGAUAAGUUUGGCGGGACUGAAGCAGCAUCAUUUUGCUGUCUUACAGCAUUGAACAAACAGUUUAAAUAUGAAAAAUGUGUAGAUGUUUACUUACAUGCUAAACUCUAUCAUAUGAGAAGACCAGGCAUUUGGAAGACACAAGAUGAUCUCAUGUUCCUGUAUCGAGCACUAGAAAAUGUCAUAGCCGCAGGAUCUUCUGAAACAGAGUCAGCUUUAGGCAAUGCAACAAACGGCCAUGUGAACAGCAAUGGACAUGCUGUUAAAUUGCCAACUACUUGUAGUAUAGAUUCAGCUGUAGCAUGAUAACAAAGCAAAAUUAUCUAAAGAAUGUAAUUUAUAUUUAAAAAUUGAAAGAGAAAUAUUGUUUUAGCAUUGCUUACGAUACAGGUGACCCCCUUCAGCACUGCAUUCUUGUGUGUAAAUCAGAAAUGAUCUCAGAUCUCAUUAUUAGGAAUGCCAUCGAUUUAAAGUCAUUUUAUUAAUAUGAGAUUGGGUAAAUGCAAAGUCUUGUAAAAAGUUCUGUGGUGUAUUUUUUUUAAAUGAACUGAACCACUAGUGCCAUUAGGCAAUCUGGUUUUAUAUGUGUUCCAAGAAGUUCCAGCUCCUGCACUGCCUGUGUACAGUUGUGGUAGCUUCGAGAAUGUUGAUGCUGAGAUUUAUAGAAAAUAUAUAUUUCUGAGUUGCAGUCCCUCUUCUAUUAAAACUAAACUUUUAAUAGAAAAAUGAAGUGUCUAGUCGAGACCUGUAUUAUAUUGAACACGAGUGCUUAGAUUCAAUUUUAUUCCUGAUGUGAAAAGCUCUCUCUAUUCCACAAACAAAUGAGAGUACACAACAUUUAUAUUCAGAAAUAAUGAUAAUAAGAAAAAGAGCUAUCUAAAGAUUAAAAAAAAAGACUCUUAUUAAAAUAUAUUUUGUUACUGAUAAAAUUAUAAAUUUAGUUUUAUUUUGAUGUAAAGUAAUCCACGGACACAUCUCAAUAUGUCCUGGAUGUUUCUAUCAACAUCAAACUAAAGUAUAGGCUGCAUUUCUUUAAAGGUGAAAAAUAUGCUCUUUUCUAUAGACACUUUCAAUAUAAAAUGGAUUCCAUGCAUUUAAAGCUCAAAUGAUCCAUUUUUUGAAUAAGUAUAAAUUAUUUAUUUUUCCAACUUAAAAUAAUUUAUUGUUUUAGAACCUAAAGCACUUUUGUUUUCAGUCUUGUAUAUUUAGUCGUAUUUAGGCUAUACCUUUGUGUAAAUUAUUUUUUGUGAAAUAUCAAUGGGAGGUUGUAUUAUUUUUUCAGCCUGCUUUGUUCCUAGUGGUAUGGUAGCUAAUUUUUUAUUGUAAAUGUAUUAUUUAUGAAUUGUUUAUUGGCUUACACUAAAUUGGCAAAGCUUGUAAAUAUUUAAGUGAAGGUAUUUAUAUACAUGCAUUGAUCAUUUAAACACUGUCUUCUCAUCUGCUUUAGUUUUUCCUGAUCAUUUGAACACUGUCUUCUCAUCUGCUAUAGUUUUUCCUUAUUAUUUAUUUUAAUUUAAUAUUUUUUUUAUAAGGAAUAAGAUUUAAAAGGAAAUUUUUUUUUUUAUUUUGCACAUUCCUUUUUCGUAAGUUAACAUUUAUAUUUUAUUAUUUUACUUUUCUUAAGUUUUCUACUUUUACAUUCCUUAUUUUAGUUGGACAGUGAUAUAAUCCUGUUUAAGUAAUUUAUAUUUAAAAAGAUACCUGUAUUUUAUCUGGGGGUUAUUUUUUCUUUGGUAAAAAUUAAGUUAUUGCUAUUAUUGGAAUUCACUUGUCAGAAACAAAAUAUCCGAAUUUGUCAUUUUAUGCUGGUCAAAGUAGUAGGUUUUAGUUUGACAGUGAUAUUAACCUGAUAGUCAUUUGUGUUGGAAGUAACUUAUAUUAAAAGAAGGAAAAAAAUCUAUUUAAUCUGUGAAUCAUUUUUUCAUCUGUAAAGGUCUGGCCAUCAUUUUUAUUAAAGUAAAUUUAUUAGAAAUAAAAUGUCCGAAUUUGUAAUUUUAUCCUGUUUUAAUUUCUUUUUUUAAAUCAUAGUAAUUA